AUGGCGGUCUACUUUGUACGGAGGAGCAUAUACACGUACACAGUAGUGCAGCGUGCUGCUCUUGUGUGGCCGUGUGGCCGUCGCAGCAGCUGCCGCGUGGCCACCGGAAUCCUCCCAGUCCCCUUUGCAAUCUCAGCUGCGCUGGAUGGCGGUUGCACACAUCUCAGAAGGUCCAGGAUUAGCGGGCUGAGCGCCCCGGCGAUCCCCCUCGCUGAACCCCCCAUCUCGGUGACGGAGCCCCUGGCUGCCGCACCUCUGUCGCCCUAG